AUGGACCAGAAGAAGGAGGAAAACUCCCAGAGCUGGUUUAUUAUCACAGUUCUCUAUGGGAGAAAGUAUAACAAGACCUGGCUACUGAAUUCCAUCCAGAGGCAUUGCAGUGUUCGCUUCACAGCGAUUGACUUCCACUAUGUAAGAAUGCAUGCUCAAUUCUUUGUCCGGAAUUCUAGCACUGCAACUGCAUUGAAGGAUAUUAACUACAAGAUCUUGGAUAAUGAGAAUCGAAGGAUAUCUAUCAUUGUGAAGCCUUAUUUUGCAUGCAACUAUGGACAGAUUAUGCUGACUUUAGAGCAAAUAGAACAGCUAAAGCUGACCACGAAGAAACGAUAUGACAUCUUCAAGAAAGCUCUGGAUCUUCAGAAAUUCCGAUUUGACUCAGACUUGGUGGACCAUGAUAUUGACAUGAUCCUGAAUCGAAAAAGCUGCAUGGCUGCCAUUCUGAAGAUCAUUGAAGAGAAUUUCUCUGAGCUGUUGUCCUUGAACUUGCGUGACAACAAACUGUACCAGUUGAAUGGCUUGUCCGACAUUAUACAGAAGGCCCCUAAUGUCAAGAUCCUGAACCUUUCCAGAAAUGAGCUAUUUUCCACAUUUGAGUUGGAAAAGAUAAAAGAGCUGAAUCUGGAGGAGCUGUGGCUAAAAGGAAACCCAUUAUGUGACACCUUCUUCAAUUGGUCCACCUAUGUGAGUGCCAUCAGGGAUAUUUUCCCCAAGUUGUUAUAUCUGGAUGGGAAGGCUUUAUCACCGCCACCAGCACCACCGGCACCACCGGCACCACCGGUACCACCGAAACCACCAGCACCACCAGUACCACCAGCACCAGUUUCUGCUGAAAUGGUUAUCUCUGAGAUAAUGAACCCAUAUAAGGAGACCUAUAAAGGGACUGAAGCCUUGAAGAAUUUUAUUUUGCAAUUCUUACGGGAGUAUUAUUGGAUCUAUGACUACGGUGACAGAAAGGGUCUCAUGGGUGCUUACCAUGACGAGGCCUGCUUCUCAUUGACCACUCCCUUCAACCCUGAGGAGCCAGCUCCAAGUAGUUUGAGCAAGUACCACGAGAUUAGCAGAAAUAGGAAGAAACACAAGGAUCCCAUCUUGCUGGCUCAGUUGCUGAAACGCACAAAACAGGAUAUUGGUAACUACUUCACUAUGUUGCCCAAGACCCAGCAUGACUUCAACUCUUUUGUGGUGGACCUGUUUGUCCAGACGGUGAGCACCUACUUAAUCCCCGAGGCUGUCCCAGAGAUUGGACUGGAAGAAAUGUCUCAGGCUGGUGUCUGUGCAUUCACCCGGGUCUUCAUUGUUGUUCCUGCCAGCAACUCCUGCAUGUGUAUUGUGAAUGACCAGCUGUUUGUAAGGGAAACUGGUCCCAAAGAGAUCCAGGGAGCCGUCACCACAGUGCCUGCAGCCUUCUCCAGCUCCGUGGCCACUGUGCCCCAGAAUCAGCAGGAAAUGGUGCAGGCAUUCGCCAUUGAGUCUGGAAUGUACUUGCAGUGGUCUUGGAAGUGUCUGGAUGACAAUAAUUGGGACUAUACCAAAGCUAAACAGAUUUUCUGGGCACUCAAGAUGGAGGGCAAGAUUCCAGAAGAGGCCUUCCAACAAAACUCCUAA